AUGUUAGCAACACAAACGCACAAGGUAAACAUCAUUGAUAUAUACAUGACAUGCUAUAAGAGGCCGCGUUGCAUUGUAGGGCGAUUUGAACGAAAGUGUUCGUAUAUUGAUACGCAGCUUAUGGUUUUCAGAGUUUUUGGCCGAGUUUUCGAUUAAAUUAUCUUCCAAUGCGAUUCUUAGAUUGUCUGGUGUGUUGUAAAUUACGCAAGUGAUAUAUCCUAUACGCAUCUGAUAAGAACAUUUUGGAAGAAACGUUUCUUUACAUACUUUCAACUUUGCCGUCGAGCGGUAAGUAGGUGAAGUCUGUCGAGUAUUAACUACAUCACCAUUACAGAAUGUUAUGUCAAAGUUAACUGCUCGUUGCUCGUUUUUUCUUAACCUGUCGGUAACCUGUUGGUUAGCUGUCGGUAGACUGUCGGUAACCUGUCGGUCAACUGUCGGCCGACAGUUGACCGACAGUCGGCCGAC